CGGUGCUGGUGCUAGGGACCGCGGCAGGCCAAGGGGGAGGUGCGGGUGGGUAGAAGGGACAGGUCUGGGCAGUGCGCGGGGGUUGAUACCAGUUCGCGCACCCAUUCAAGCGGCAGUACGCACUUGUCCUAGCAGUUCUCGCCGACCGAGCUAGCUGCGUUUUUUGCGUUCCCGCAUCCAGAGCUCAACUGCAAACGUCCUGGCGUCCGUCCUCAUCAUGCCUAGCCUUUGGGAUCGCUUCUCAUCGUCCUCCUCCUCUUCAUCGUCGCCCUUGUCCCGAACUCACACCCCAGAUCAGCCACCGCGCUCAGCCUGGGGGUCGGCGGCCCGAGAAGAGGGUCUUGGUCGCUGCGCGAGCCUGGAGAGCUCGGACUGCGAGUCCCUGGACAGCAGCAACAGUGGCUUUGGGCCGGAGGAAGACUCGGCAUACCUGGAUGGGGUGUCCCUGCCCGACUUCGAGCUGCUCAGCGACCCUGAGGAUGAGCACUUGUGUGCCAACCUGAUGCAGCUGCUGCAGGAGAGCCUGUCCCAGGCGCGGCUGGGCUCACGGCGCCCAGCGCGCCUGCUGAUGCCCAGCCAGCUGGUGAGCCAGGUGGGCAAGGAACUACUGCGCCUGGCCUACAGCGAGCCGUGUGGCCUGCGGGGGGCGCUGCUGGACGUCUGCGUAGAGCAAGGCAAGAGCUGCCACAGCGUCGGCCAGCUGGCCCUCGACCCCAGCCUGGUGCCCACUUUCCAGCUGACCCUCGUGCUGCGCCUGGACUCACGCCUCUGGCCUAAGAUCCAGGGGCUGUUCAGCUCUGCCAACUCUCCCUUCGUCCCCGGUUUCAGCCAGUCCCUGACGCUGAGCACGGGCUUCCGAGUCAUCAAGAAAAAGCUGUAUAGCUCCGAGCAGCUGCUCAUUGAGGAGUGUUGAACUUGAGCCUGGGGGGGGCCUACCCUGCCCCCACGCCAGAGACCACUCAACUUUUGAUUUUGAGAUGGAGGUUGGCAGGCAGGAGCUGAGGGAUUGACGCCUGUCGUUAGCAAACUGACAACAGCCACCUGAGGGGAGGAAGGUGGAGGUGGGGGGAACAUUGUGUUUCCUAGGAAGCUCACUGAGGUGUGCAGGUAGCUCCCGGUUGGGGGCCUAUGCCCCUCAGUACUGUAGCAUGAAACAAAGGCUUAGGGGCCAACUGGGCUUCUGGCUGGAUGUGUAUGUAGCAUGUACCUUAUUAUUUUUAUCAUUACUGACAGUUAAGACAACAGUGGUGUGACAGCCAGGUGAGCAGCUGGGCUGCACUGGCCUUUGCAAGGGGUUGUGUGCUCCUGGUAGCAGCCCUGGUGGGAGGGGGGAGGACAAGGCGGUUGUGUGUAUCUCAUGGUCUGAAGGGGCCAAAUGUGUUCUUUGUUUUUGUACCUUUGGUUUUUGUUUUUGUUUUUGUUUUGAUCAGAGCUUCACUACUGACCUGUUCUAGGCAGCUAUCUUACAGACGCAUGAAUGUAAGAGUAGGAAGGGGUGGGUGUUGGGAUCACUUGGGGAUCUUUGACACUUGAAGAAAAAAUACACCCGGGAGCUGCAUUUGCCCCUCCCUCCCCUCCCCCAAUGUGUACUGGGGAGUUGAGCUGUGAGGGGAUGGGGCUGAUUGGGGUGGGGUGGGGUGGGGGGCUGGAACCCCUCCCCCAGAAGAGUGCCAUCUGGGUCUUCCAUCUAGAACUGUUUACAUGAAGAUACUCGCUGUUCAUAAAUACACUUGAUGUUCAAGUAUUAAGACCUAUGCAAUAUUUUUUACUUUUCUAAUAAAAAAAAAGGUUUGUUAAAACA